UAUAUGUUGAGGGAGUGGUAGAAGAGUCAUUGUGGCAGUUCCUAUCUAUUCCACUUCAUUGAAAGCUAGUCCCACUUGAGCUUUCUUUCCACAAAUCUAUCUUGCAUAUCUUCAAUGAAAACCUGAGUGUCACCAACUCCAUCUUUCAGUUUCAUCUUUCACAUACACUUAAAAAUCCACUUCUUCUAGUGCUUCUAAUCCAACCCACCACGAACAAAUUCCUAUUCAAUCUCUGUGUUCUGCAUGUAACUCUACCAAUCUUUAGAACAAUUCAGUCUUUGAUUUUCUUGAGUCCUUUUUAUCAAUCAAGGGCUACAGACAAAAUCCCAAGUUUAAGAGCACAAUGGAAUCUGACAAUGGAGUUGCUAUGGAGGACGAGAAACAUGUUAUUGGGGAAACAACUAAUGAGAACAUAAACAAGGAAUCUGAAAACAGUUGCAAUGCUGAAAUUCAGACCAAGAAUGAGGCAUCUGAGUCCAUUGUAAAAGUUGAAGGGCCCAAAUCUACAGCAAGUAGAAACUCAAAACUUGCCAAGGAACAUGGUGGCAAAGGUGAUGUUGCUUCAAAGAAGAACAAAUCUGUCACCAAAGACAAACCCAAUUUGAAGUCCACAACUUCACCUCAAACACACAGGCCAAACCUCUCCAAGAGCCUUUCUUUUCCAGCCAAAUCAGCUGCUAGAGAUGUCAUGAAGAAAAGCAUUAAUGGUAAUCUUGUGAAGACAGAAACUAAGCAUGUUAAUGGGGCCAGAGCUCAGCCUUCUAUUCGUCGUUCAAGCAGGCUGACAAACAAUGAUGUUAACUCAAAGGAGUCUGAUAAAAACACUGGAAAUUCAAACCAUAGGACCUCUUUAACAUCCAUGACUAGCCUUAAAAGCUCUGAGAUUGGAGAGUCUUCUCCGGUGGUGAAUGUGGUUUCCAAGAGCCUUACAUCUGAGGCAUCCUUACCUGUUGAUCAGAUUUCAACCCCAGCAAAAACUGAAAAACCAAAUAAAGAGGACGAUGAUGCUCACUCCACAACUUCAAGUCAUACCCCUCGAAGGAGAAGCAGUGGUUCUGGAUUUUCCUUCAGAUUGGAAGAAAGAGCAGAAAAGAGGAAGGAGUUCUUCUCAAAGUUAGAAGAGAAAAUUCAGGAAAAGGAAGCAGAGAAAACUAAUCAGCAAGAGAAAUCAAAGGAAAACCAGGAGGCUGAGAUCAAGCAAUUGAGGAAGACUAUGACAUUCAAAGCCACUCCUAUGCCAAGUUUCUACAAGGAACCUCCUCCAAAAGUUGAAUUGAAGAAGAUACCUAUAACACGCCCAAAAUCUCCUAAGCUUGGAAGGAACAAAGGAUAUGUUGUGAACCAUUCAGAUGAUAAAUCUUGCUCUAGUCCUCAUGCAAAACAGCAACAGAAUGAUUCAACCAAGGCAAAGGUAAAGGGUACUAAUAAAGAAGUGAUUUCAAAGAAACCAAUCAGAAAAAUUCAAGCCAAGCUGCAGUCUCAGGAAACUGCAAUUGGAAAAACUGAGAAUAAUUCUGUGAAGCCUACUAAAAUCAACCAAGAUGUCAAAGCAAGCACAGGAAACAAUAAAGAAUGCCAUGAUCCUCCAGUUUGCAAUUCUGAAUAUCAAGAUGACAUGGAGCUAGAAUCCAAAACUGAGCUUACUCAGAAUGAUGCACUGGUCUUAAAUUCAUCCACACCCGAGAUUGUAUCAUACGAGGUUACUGUGGGAGUGUAGAUUCACAUAUAUAGCCAGAGAGUAUUUAUAUAAACAUAGGACUCCUUGUUACCAGUUAUUUCAUUGUUGUGAAUAUAGAGAUUGUUUCAUGUUCAUUAUAAUCUUGUAUUGCAUUUCAAGAUAGGUUGCUUGUUUGUUAUAUUGAACUGCUGCUGUUUGUAAUGAAUAUUUUGCUAAUUCAUUAUUUACCAAA